UGUUUACUCCUGUAGUAUUUAUAGUGAAUGGAGAGCUGGUUAUGAAAACACCUCUGAGCGUUUGAGAAGUCUCCUCUGAUCCCUAACUAUGCAGUGCACACAGGACCUGGACCUUUAUUUGAGUUCUACACUUAUCAUUUCUGGGCUUUUGUUUCUUUUUAGACAACUGACUGAACCAGCUCCAUAUGGGAAACAUGUUCCUAAAAAGACUAAGACGAAAUUUACUCUGAUUUCAGCCAAAUACGGCUGGUUUAUUCAGGAAUCGCCAUCAUUCUUUGUACCUGUAUUGAUUGUGCUAUACAAUCAACAAUGGGACACUCUGGGAUGUAAGAUGCUCCUGGUGAUGUUCUGCGGACACUACUUUCACAGGUCCUUUAUCUAUUCAGUAAUUACAAAAGGAAGACCUACACCUUUAUACAUUGUCAUUUUGGCGGUGAUAUUUUGUUCAUACAAUGGUUUCUUACAAGGUCAUUGCAUGGUUUAUGGUGCAACCUAUCCAGAGAAUUGGUAUAAAGACAUCCGAUUUCUAUCAGGAGUUAUGAUUUUCUUCAUUGGAAUGGCUAUUAAUAUUCAUAGUGACUACAUAUUGCGUAACUUGAGAAAACCAAGCGAUUUUGGCUACAAGAUUCCAGAAGGAGGAAUGUUCAAGUAUGUGUCUGGAGCAAAUUACUUUGGUGAAAUUGUGGAAUGGUUUGGUUACGCUUUAGCAACAUGGUCUCUCCCAGGAUUUGCCUUUUCAUUAUUUACUCUGUGUUCCAUUGGACCAAGAGCCUAUCAUCAUCACAAGUUUUACCUCCUGGAGUUCAAACACUACCCCAGAGAAAGGAAAGCUGUAAUACCUUUUAUUUUCUAACCCUGUGAAUGGAGCUAAUGGAAUACCUGAGACUGGACAUUUUAAAUCAAACUGGUCAACAUUUUUUUAUGUCACAUGUGAAAUCGACCUAUCUAUAUUUUAUACAUCAUUAUAAUGGUUUUAGAGGUAGCUUGUCUGUUGCGUUUUGUCUAUCUGUUCUAGACCAUAUGCUCUCAAUCAUUGGUAUAAGUAACCCAAGGGGUACAUUUGUUCUUUGCAAUAAAUUUUUACAGCAUUUUAAAAUUGUAAUAAAUAAAUAUAAAACCGA